CUUUCGUGACUGCGUUCUAGUAUAUCUACAGAAUGAAACUACUGAAUUUUCGUUUGCACUCAUUGGCCCGAAUAUAAAGUACCAAAGAUGUGGACAACUAAAUCUUUAGGAAUAAUUUGGAUUAUCAUUUUGGCUUUCACUUCUUGGACAGUUGCUCAGACUGCUUUCCAACCAGAAUGUGCAGCGUGGGACCGGAUGAUUCGAUCUAUUACCAAGAAUGUUAGAAAGAUCCCAACUGCAAGGGCUCAAUGUUCAAGAUCUAAGGACUGUACAAGGUUUGCAUGCAAGUUUCUCAUGCUGCGUAAGGAUAUCAUAUUUGACAUCAAGCUCUUCCCGUGUACAACACCUGCACAAAUGAGAUUACUGGUACUAAGCAAUACCGAUAAUGUUUACUUUGAACAGACAGUCAUGAAUGGAAAUACAUAUCCUAUACCAGGUCUUACAUACAACAUUUUUCCUGGGAUGAGAUUACAAAUAUCAGUUCAGGUUCACUUCAAAAAAUUAGCAGCUGGACUAAAAAUAGGGCUGCGAUUGAAGUUCUCUGGACCUACUCCUCUCAUCACCUUUCAAUAUCCUAUUUUCCCUGAUUUCAUAAUCCCUGUCAGAGAAUGUACAACAGCAGAGACACCAGCCCUCAUCCACUGUAGGAAAAUGAAUAGUACAGUGACCUCAUUGACCCUUCCUCGAGCACAUACCUGUACCAUGGCAACGGGAUGCGGUGGAUUGGCGUGCUCUGGAGCUGUUGUCUCGGCACCUUCAGUCCAAAACAUCCCUUACAAUAUAAGUGUAGAGAUGGAUGGCUGUGAUAGCCCGCUAUCAUACACGGUUGCCAUAUCAACUGCCCUGGGAAGCUGGCAGUAUAAGUUUUUCCGCUCCAAGGAUAUCAUUGUGGAUAUGAUAUUUCCUCAACGAACUGCCUUUGUCAAAUUGUCAAUGAAGCCAGAUCUCAACCUAGAGACAAUGACUACUUCGCUGAUAUUGAGAAGCUGUGUGGAUAGACUGUCGUGUUUUGAUACUGGUUUAUUAAACCAGGUUGCAAUUCCUAUUCCACCUUGCAAUUCAGUGGCCCCCACUGGUUCAUCCCCCACCAUGGGGUCGACGCCCCAACAAGAUGAGUGUCUCAUCUGGAGAAACGUAGAGACGGAGUUGAUUCAAUCAGCUGGACCUGGUUAUGGUAUUACAUCAUGCACUACUAUAGAGAACUGCAGUGGGUACAACUGCACUGGGGAAUUUGAGGGUCAUAACUACACAAUCGUGACGGUACUAAAGCAUUGUAGAGACCCAGCUGUACUUCAUAUGAUUGUUUCUAGUGUCACUGAUCGUUUCUUCUGGCAAAAAAGUAUCACCCACAAUGAGAAUAUAACGGUUGCUGGUAAGAACCAAGGAUCAUCAGGAAUGCUUGGUUUCCAUAUUCACCUGCUGAAGCUAACUCCUAAGCAGGUUUUAGUAGGGGUGUUUGCUCAAGUAGGUCUACCGGGUCUCUCACCUCUCAAUGUGCCUCUCAUUCAAGAUCAGAUCAUGCCUGUCAAACAAUGCCCAAGUGUCACCAAUGGAAUCCCUGGGCAAGGUACUAAUGGAAGGGGAACAGGAACCCAUGGGAGAGGUCAUGGAGGGGGUAGAGCAAGGAGACCAGGAGGACGCCCUACUAAGAGUCCUGUACAGAAUAUGAGAAUGAGAGCAGGAGCAAGUGUAGGUAUUGGACUCUCGAUAGGUGUAGGAAUAGCAGCACUGAUGGCUACGGUCAUGAUCUAUAUCUACUACAAACAAUUCCCAAGCCAGGAUCGGAUAAUCUUGGUCCAUAGAGCAGCGCCACCGACCACAGCAAGGACUUUAUGAUGAUAAUCAAGAAGACGUGUCACCCUUUCACAAGGUUAAAGAAUCGUAAUUUGAAUGAUUCCAGGGAAAAAAAUAAGGCUAAUGACAAAUUCUUAGCACGUGUGAAACCAAACUAAAAUAUGAUUAGAAUCAUGAACGUUAAUCACAAUUACGAAUUCAAAUUCUACUUAGGAGGUGAAUUCCAGCUCCAUUCCAUUCAAAUCAAAUCUUCCGAGUGAGCGUGUGUAAGGUCCGAUGAUUCAUGAUUCUAAAGAUGAAUUGCAAUCAUCAUUACAAUGAUGAUUGAAGAUUCGUGUGUGAAAAGGCCCUUGCUUACCAAGAGAUUGUAAUAUCCUGAACAAAGAAUGAUUUGUCACAUAAAUUAUAAGUAAUUGUCACUUGGUCUACAUGCAUCAACUUUGUCUAUUUUACGUCUAGUCUCAUCUCACAUGGCCCAAUGCUAGUUUGUCAACAAUGGGUUCUUCUACUAACCAUUUUGUGAAAUUGUAAUUUAGCUCUUUCAUCUGCCUAGUUUCUAGCUUGGCUAUACCUGUUUUAUCUAAUAUCCUUUGGGUCCAACCGGGGUCCAACAUCACCAAGUCUAUAUGCUUAGAAAAGCUGUUUAUGAACCAAAUUUUCAUUUGACGAAGUACAAGAAAAUAAGAAGAUGCAGUGUAAUUGGACCACGUGCAUAAGACUAAAUGGUAGACGUAUGUACAAGAUUAAAUGAUGAUAGGACCAAACGGGAAUUACACCAAAUAGAUAGUAGACCAAGUGGGUAUAUAAAGCACACAUAUCAUCUCUGUGUAUGUUAUGUUCCUGUGAAACUUCUGGGGGAAAAAAAUAGUGUGUUAUCACAAGAAAUUAAACUUCACUGUGUACUCUCGCCAAGGAGUUUGACUUUGUGCAGGGGUAUACCCUUUUUUAAUGGCCAAGAGUUAUUGGUAAUAAGCAUAGAUAACUACAAUAAGAGAGUAAAUAAUCAAUACUUGAGGAAGGCUCACAUUUGCAGCCAAAAUGUCACAGCUUUAAUUUGCUUAAUUCAUUUCAGGUUUGAUUAUUUACUCUCUUGCUUGAAUUAUCAACCUUUUCCAUAGUACAGAGGUAUACCUAUGUUGUUACCUAUUGAUUACUGUAUUUUGUAAUUUACCUGUAGAUUUUUCAGUCCUGGUAGGCAACAGUUAGAUGUCACAAUAUUGUGAAGCAGACAUGUAUGUAUGCUGAAAUUUAAUUCAAGCUGCCUGGUUUAGUGGGCAGUAUAAGUUUGUUUCAAUGAAUUAUUAUUAAUUAAAAAUAUGAUAAAUGAAGUAGAACUGUGGAGAGAUUGAAAUCGACAUUAAAUAUGUAUUAAUAUGUAAGAUUAUUGAACAAAUAAUGUUCAUAGAAACUGUAAAUAUUGCUUUCCUUAAUCUAAUUACAUAUUGGAAACUGUUAUGUCAAGAUGAAUGCAUAGUUUAUCAUCAUGUGCAAAAAUACAAAAAUGUUAUCUGUACAUAGGCUUUUGAAUGUAGUCUAUCAUGCUUUGAAAUACUUAAAAUAUCUACUUAUUUGCAUUGGAAUCAUAUAUUUUGUAAAAUAUUACACAAAAUCAUGCUUGUUUUUUAAGUUUGAGAGGUUUCAUGGAAAUGGGCACUGCAAUUAAUUGCAACAUAUUUGAAAUUAAUACUUGGAUAGUAAUGGAAUUGUAGCUUGGUAAAAUCUCUUAAGUCUAAGACCAAAGUAAAAUAGGUACAGCAGUAGCCAAAUAAAAAUGUUUUUAUGCAAAGAUUUCACACAAAUUAUUGCAACUAAAUAUUGUUACUUCUCUCAUACAUAGAAUGUACUGCCAUUUUGUAUGUUUUUAUAUUGUGUUGUAACAAGUUGUACAUAUGUGGUAUGCAUGGUCAUGUUCACAUUAAUGCUGCUAGAUUGAAUAUAUUUUGCUUCUCAUACCCUGUGCAAUAUACUCUAAAUAAGAAAUGGUGCAACUUUUCACAAAAUUUGAAUUGUUUACCAGACAAUCCAAUGAUUUCUUAAAAUCAUUUGUUAAUCACCAGCUAGCAAUUUCCACUUGUUGGACAACCAAAUCAAAUAAAUAAAAUCAUAUGAUGAGAAUCUAGAAAAUAUAUUUUGGUGAAUAUUGAUGGUGCUUCUGAGUGCAAUAUGAUAAUAGAUUCAUCUUGACUUUUGUACUUGUGUGUAUAGAUUAUGAGUUGGAAUAUACAUAAUAAAUAUAUUUUGCCCACC